AUGUGUUUGGUGGAAGAGGCACUUUGCAGAGAGCGGGACAAAAGGGUGCUGUCUAUCCAAAGUCAUGUUGUACACGGAUAUGCAGGCAACAAGGCUUCCGUUUUCCCGUUACAGGUGGUUUUUUUUUGCCUUUUAAAUGGCUAUUUCAAUAUUUGUGUCAGACUAUUUCAGUUGAAUGGUUUCGAGGUAGAUCCAAUCAACAGCGUACAAUUCAGCAAUCAUGCGGGUAAUAUCGAGUUCUUUGGUCUACCUACAAGUGAUUUCUUCAUUCAAUUAUUUUGUUCAUUGCUAUGUUGUGUGCUUUGCUUCAGUUCUUUUUCUCGGUUAUCAGCUUAUAGCUCAUUGAUGGCAACCAUACAUUGGCUCCUUGUUGUCGUCGACGUGUUCACCAUGCAUAAGCGAACUUUUUCAAAUAUCUCUCGUUUAGGAUACAAACACGUAAAAGGCCAGAAGCUCACUGAAGUAGAAUUAACCGAACUGUUUGAAGGUCUCAAGCUCAAUGAACUCGAUGAGUACACCCAUAUUCUUACAGGUCUGACUGACACUCGUUCGGGCCUUUUUUUCUUAAAUUUUCAAACAUCACUUUUAUGCAUACAUCGUUUAGAAACCUCUAUCGUUUAUGAA